UUGGCGCCGCCCCUCCAGACCACACGGCCCAAUCAGUGACUCUGCCUCUCCUCCCCGCCUCGAUGCCUGCACGUCCUUACGUAGCCACGCAGGCCACGUGCACCCGAGGACGUUCAAAGUGCGGGGAGGACGACGUUCAGAGCACACAGCGUGCUGCGCGGGCGCUGGUGGCGAGGCGUUGCAGCCGCCGUCAUGGCCUGUGUCAACUCCGUGCCUAAACUCUACAGAUCUGUAAUUGAAGAUGUGAUUGAAGGAGUACGGGAUCUAUUUGCUGAAGAAGGUAUAGAGGAACAUGUCUUAAAAGACUUAAAGCAGCUCUGGGAAACAAAGAUUUUGCAGUCUAAAGCAACAGAAGACUUCUUCAGAAAUAGCGUCCAUUCACCACUGUUCACCCUUCAGCUGCCACACAGCUUCCACCAAACUUUGCAAUCAUCAACAGCUUCAUUAGUUAUUCCUGCUGGUAGAACUCUUCCUGGUCUUACCACAGCAGAACUGAGCACCGCAAACUCCAGUGCAAGCUUUGCUUUUCCUGGUUAUCCUAUUCAUGUACCAGCAGGUGUGACGCUACAGACUGCAUCUGGUUACCUUUAUAAAGUCAAUGUACCAAUUACGGUGACACAGACUUCUGGAAGAGCAAAUAUUCUUCAGCAUCCAAUUCAGCAAGUAUUUCAGCAGCUUGGGCAGCCUUCAAUAAUACAGACCAGUGUUCCACAAAUGAAUCCAUGUUCUCUUCAAGCAUCUAUAGAAAAAUCACAGAAAAUGGAAACUGUGUUCCAGCAACCCACAAUUCUUCAUUAUGAGACAGUGGGUAGGAAGCAUUUAGAAAAUGCCACCAGUGAUAUACUUGUACUUCCUGGAAAUGAGCAUAAAAUGGUGUCUGAAGCUUUGCUGAGUCAGCCAGCGGGCUCUCAGUAUGUCAGUCUCCCUGGUGUUGGAGCUCCUCCACUAGUCUCCCAAAGAGCUGCCCAUGUGGAGCCUUUGCUCAGUGUUUCCGCUAGCGGGACUCAAAACCUGCAUGGCGGGCCCAUCGCCUCAAGCCCUCAGGGGGCUCCGCACCAGCACUCGUCUGAUGGUCAGCUUCCUUUUCUUAAAAACAGGAUGUUGGGAUGUGAUUCUGUGAAGCAGCCGAGAAAUAAAGAGGAGCCCAGCAGCCUGCCUGUCCCAGAGAAGGAUUAUAAUUCUCAGAUGGGUUUAAGCAUUCAGGUAACUGAUGAAGAUAUUUAUGAAAUAAUUCAAAUAGAUGGAACUGAUGAUACAUCUUCCAAUGAUGACAUAGGAAGUACAAGAGAUGUAGGUGAGCAUGAAGUUCUAGAGAUUAUUGAUGCAGGAGACCUGAAGGCACUUGAAGGAGAAGCUGAUAAUACAUCAAAUGAAGAUUCAACUGAUAACAGUAGUGAUAAUGAAGACCCUCCAAUAGACAUUGUGGAAGAAGACCCCUUAAAUUCUGGAGAUGAUGUUAGUGAGCAGGAUGUGCCAGACCUGUUUGACACGGAUAAUGUAAUUGUCUGUCAGUAUGACAAGAUUCAUCGAAGCAAGAACAAAUGGAAAUUCUAUUUGAAAGAUGGUGUUAUGUGUUUUGGAGGGAGAGACUAUGUAUUUGCAAAAGCUAUUGGUGAUGCAGAGUGGUAAAACUCAGGCGCUCAAUACAUCAUAAACACCAGUGGGACUAUAUCAUGCAUUGUGAAACUUGUUUUUGUUUAAAUAUAGUCCACAAAGCUGCUCAAAUUUUGGUUCACUGGAAUUUAAUAAAAUUAUAAUUCAGAUGCAGAUAUAAAUA